CGCAACCAGAACUGUUGGCUGCGUGGCAACGGUUGUCAUGGAAACGUUUUGGCAACAAAGCGCUCCGCUUCCGUCGAGCUGCUGGUUCCAGAACUGAACGAGUAUUUUAUUAUCUUUUAUUAUUAGAAUUAGCUGUUAUUUUAUUUUUUCCUUUCUGAGCGCCCUUUAUAGUCUUCCGCCGGCCAGCAUGUCCAACACAGUCCUCCAUCCUCCCGAGAGGAUUUAUAAUCUGAUCCCCAGAGAAGAGGAGAAGGUCCAGAAGCCGCCGAGGUAUAUAUCCAAGUUCAGAGAACAAGUAAAGCAGGAGAAACAGCUGAACAAAACCUCCAACAAGACUAUGGGACCAGCACAGGUGGACAUGCCUUCUCCUGAUAAAUACCUGUUAAAACACUCCAAGGAGCCCAAACUUCCAGAGAAGAAGCCUUUCUUGUAUGGAGGCGAGGGCCACCCUAAGAAGCCUCCGAUUCCUGCUACAACCGACUAUCCGCCCAUGGGCAUCCACACCAAGAAGAACUUUGUGAAAACAAACGCGAUCGAGAACAUCAUGGCCGUGCCGCGGAAGCCGCAGCCCACUUACACGGACACCAGACACGGAGAUAAACAGCUGCUGGAGAACUCAGGCCUGCUCCCCAAGUACAUCAAGAAAAAAGACUAUGGUCAGACUCCAGAUUAUCUGCAGCAGCGGCGUGAGGAGGUGCGGAGAGAGCAGGAGGAGUAUGAUAACUACGUGAAGGAGAGACUGAAAGAGGGAGCAAUGAAGCAGCUCCCUGAGGAGGAGCGCCAGAACAUCCUGCAGGGUCUGAAGAAGAACUGGGAUGAGCUCCACCAUCAGUUCCAGGGGCUCUCCGUGGUCACAGACACAGCCUCCAAGAAGUACAGGAAGGAGCAUCUGGAGAUGAAGAUGAAGCAGCUGGAGAGGGACAUAGACCUGAUGGAGCGAUAUAAAAUCAUCUACAUUACCAACAUCUGACCACUGACCACUCUGAACACCACAGACAGAACCACAGAGACGUGUGGAACAUUAACAGCACGUUUACUGUGAACUGCCUCCACACAGCCUUUACUCCUCUAGACUAACUCCAGAGUGUCUGAGCUCCUCACUCAUUACGUAACACAACAAUGAGACCUUUUAAGGACAUUUAUCCUUUUCUCCCAUACAAAUAAACCAACUUCACUGACUAACUGGUUUGUAAUGAAGAUAUCGCUCAAGAGCUCAAGUUUUUAUGUCAUUCUGUUUCUUUCUCUCUCUUUCUCUGCUUCUCUCCCUCUGUCUUUCUCUCUUUCUCCAGUCUUAAAAAUAAAGGUUCCAGAAAGGGUUCUUUGCACAAUGCCAUAGUAGAAGCAUUUUUAGUUCCCUAGAAAUCUUUCAAUAGAUGGUUCCUCAGAAAACCGUUUUUAUAAAAGAGAUGAGUGUGAAGAACCUUAAAGUUUAAAGAACCUCCACAUAACGUAAAGGUUCCAGGAAGAACUCAUGAGUUGGU